AUGUCAUGUUUUACGGCUAAACCGUAUGACAAUUUACCUGGUUGUUCAAGUCCAGCUGCAGUCAGAGUGAUCACUACACCAAUUUUUUUGCCAUCAUCUACACAUAUUGGAACUAAAAAUAAGCUUCCAAUACCCUUUCCGCCUGAAUCUGAUCUUUCAAUUAUUAAUAAGGUAGAUGAUAAAGUGGAAGCAGACGAUGAAACAUCGAGAUCAAGAAGAAGCAAUAAUAAUAAUGAAAUUGUAGAAGAAAUUAAAAUUGAGCCUCAUGAAGAAAUAUUUGAAUUAGAAGUGAAAGAAGUGUUAAUAGAUAACAGUCAAACAUCAUUAAAUUUUAAUGCGUUUGAAGAGCUUCCUCAUACACCAGAAUAUUUAAAAAUGGAAAUAAAAGAUAAACAUUCUGGACCAUUGUAUACAGUUCAACUGAACACUGGAAUUCCAGGAUAUCCACUUGCUGCACCUACCACUCCUGCAUCUGGAACAUUAUUUGUUGUGGAUUUACAAGUAGAAUUAAUCCUAAAUUUGAAAAUAAGCACAUUGACACAAUUAUAUCCAAACCUUAUUAACAGACCUAUCUCAUUAAUGGAAAAAGAAAGACUCUGGCCAUUACUACGUUCUAUGAUAUGGGCACCAUCAAAAUCUAUCAAUCCUUCUGAAGUCGUUGCAUUGGAAGAUCAAAGAAAAUCAAAAUUCUUAAAAGUUCAAAUGCAUUUUAUAACUCAUGAAGAUGCUAUUAAAUUAGUCAAAGAUGAAUUGAAAAACCUUUACCUUACAACCGUUGAAUUGGAUCUGUCAGACUAUCCAAAUAUGGAUGAUGAUAAAAUUAAGAUUAAUGAAAACAAUUAUGGUUCAUAUUUAACUAAAAUGAUCUAUGUUUUGUAA